GUCUUGAAUCUCCCAAGUCCGGAGAACAGGUUUCUGCUGACUCUGGCUCUGGGUCUUAUAUUUUCUCACACAGAAGCUCACUUUAACCCCAUGAGGUGGAUCCUGUUACCAGUACUGUUUUGUAGACAGUUGAACUAGGUCCAGAGCUAUGAGCUUGCAUAAGGUCACAGCACCAGCACUUGGCAGAGACAUGAUUUGGAUGCAGGGAACCUGGCUUUUAAGUCACUUCUUUGCAAGAUUUAAAGGGGGGAUUUCAAUUGUUGACUGGCAUCUUCCUGGCUCUCCCUAUCAUUUCUACUUGCAGACCUCAACACUACUGUUGACCUCAGAGCUACUAGAGGUCCUACCUCUGCCUUGUCUCCUGAGGCUCCUCAGGAGAGGCUAACUGAGGAAAUCACUACUACCACACACCCUGCAAGUCCUCAGCCUGGGAUCCUAUGGCAGGACUGCUUGGGCCUGAGGCUCAGUGGGAAUAUCAUCCAAUCUCUGUAGAAAAGAACUUGUCAGAUUUGCAAAAUGUUAAACAUAGUAUUUGUGUGUGAUUCUAGAAUGCUGUUUCUCUGUGUAGAGUCAAGAGAAAUAAAAACACAGACUAUGGGAGGUGGUUCAGUGGUAUAGCAAAAGACUUGUAUGUGUGAGGCCUUGCAUUCCAUCCACUUAUCCCAGAGCAGUGGUAUGCUCUCUUUCUUUUAAAAAAAUUUUUAUUUAUAAAAUGGAAAUACUAACAAGACCAUAGGAUAAGAGGGGUACAAUUCCACACAAUUUCCACCACCAGAACUCUCUAUCCAAUACCCUCUCUUGAUAGCUUUCCUAUUCUUUAUCCCUCUGUGAGUAUGGACCCAGGAUCAUUAUGGGGUGCAGAGCUCUACUCUCUUUCCUAAAAUAAAUAAGUAAAUCUAAAAAGGGGGGGACACCUACACAGAAACUUAUAUACAUGUUUACUACAGGAUUGUUCACAAUAACUGAAAGGUAAAAAUAACUGAUAUAUGCAUGGAAGUCUUGAAUAAAUGAACAAAUUGUGAUAUCAACAUAGAACGAUAUGUUUUGUUUUUCUUUUAAGAAUAUUUAUUUACUGUUAUUUUUUAAGGAAGCACCAUUGCAUUAUAGCAUUAUGUAAGUUCCGGGUGUCCAUAAUCAAAUAUCAAGAUUAGUGGUUAUUAAGUGAUCAAAGACAGGAAAAAAAGAGGGGAUGGGAGAUAGCUUACCCAGUAGAGAGCAUACUUUAGUGUGUGUGAAGACUUGGGUUUGAGCCCCCAGUUAGCCAUCACUUGGGAAUACCUGCACAGGGAAAGCUUCUUGAACAAUGUGGGAGCAGUGCUGUGGAGUCUUUGUAGCACUCUAUCCCUCUUUCUCACCCUUUAUCUAAAAAAUAAAGAUUUUGUCAUGCAGACAGGUAUAGAACUACAGCAAUAACUCUGCUGACCAAAUAAAUACACACAAAAUUAAAAGAGAACAAAUACUGAUAUAUGAUAUAACUUGGAUGUACAUCAAACAUAUUAUGUUUAGUGAAAGGAACAUUCACAACCACUUCAUUCUAAACAACAUGCUGUAUGAUAACUGUUAUGUAAUAGCCCCAUAACAGGUAAAUUCAUAGAAUCAGAUUAGUGGUUAUUAGGUGAUCAAAGGAUCGGGAUUGGGAAUAAGAGGUAAGGAAAUAAGGCUGGAGUCAGAUAUGGGGAGAGAAUAUCUAAUAGAUAUGGGGGUUUUCUUUGGGGAAAUGAGCUUUGUAACAAGAAAUGUGGUAGCCACACAAAUUUAUGUGCAUUGAAAUACAUUUUCACUAUGGCUAAUAUGUGCAUUAGGUGAAUUUCACCUUAAUUCAAAAACACAUAGAAAAGAGCCAGUUUUGGGGGUCAGGCGAUGGCACACUGGGUUAAGCACACAUAGUACUAAGCUGAAGGACCCCCUGCCCCUAGGUCCCCACCUGCAGGGGGUCGCUUUACAAGCAGUGAAGUAGGUCUGCAGGUGUCUAUCUUCUUCUCUCCCUUUCUUUCUCCCCCUCCUCCCUCAGUUUCUCUGUCUUAUCUUAUAAAAUGGGGGGAGAAGGCCUCUAAGAGCAGUGGAUUUGUAGUAUUGGCACUAAUCCCCAGUGAUAACACUGGAGAAAAAAAAAAGCACCAAUUUCAAAUGUCUCUACACUUCAUCACAGUUCAUGUGUACACACACACACUCCUGCAGAUAGGACCAGACACACCUUCCCCACUCCACAACUUGGCUCAUGAGGAAUAAGAGUAUAGGUGAAUGCAUAAGAUUGGUGAUAUGAGUACCUUGCAGUGAGUGUGAAGUGUUUCAUGAAAGCCACUAAGCUCUAUCCAGAGUUAGAACUUGACUUCAGAGCUCCAAAGUCCAUGUCCCUUUCUUAUCUGAGCGUUACCAUCCAGGCCUAUGAAAGGCUUUCUUCCAGUUCCACCCUUACCCUUAUCCAGUACUGACCUGGGUACUAGAUCACAGCACUGGAAAUUAGCCAGGUGGGGCGGUCCACUGAGGUUUUGUUUAUCAAAGUUCAGAAACCUUAUUCCACAUUCUACUGAUUCUGUCCAAGUAGGUUGUGAGUGAGGAGCAUGAGGACAGUGGUAGGAACUGGGUCCAGGAUUCUGGUCUGGGUGGCCUGCCUGCUCCUGGUGUUCCCUGCUAUCGAUGCUGGGCCCAAAGUCACGCAGCCUGAAGUGGACACGCUCCUGGGCCGCUUGAGGGGUCGCCAGGUGCAUGUGAAGGGAACCCAACGCCUGGUGAAUGUCUUCCUGGGAGUUCCCUUUGCCCAGCCACCUCUGGGACACGGCCGGUUCUCAGCUCUACGUCCAGCACAGGCCUGGCAGGGUGUGCGGAAUGCCAGCACAGACCCUCCCAUGUGUCCACAGGAUUUAGAGAGAAUGGACAACGGGAGAUUCACAGUGGAUGGAAAGCACCGGGUCUUCCCAAUUUCUGAGGACUGCCUGGUUCUCAACAUCUACUGCCCAUCGGAACCUGCUGUGGGAGCUGGGAGGCCGGUCAUGGUAUGGGUCCAUGGCGGAGGGAUGAUAGUCGGCGCUGCCACCUCUCAGGAUGGGUCAGCCCUGGCCGCCUAUGGGGACGUGGUCGUGGUCACAGUACAGUACCGUCUGGGCAUCUUUGGUUUCCUCAGCACUGGAGACCAACAUGCACCUGGCAACUGGGCAUUCCUAGACUUAGUGGCUGCUCUACACUGGGUACAGGAAAACAUCACACCGUUUGGGGGCAACAUCAACGCUGUCACUCUCUUUGGAGGAUCUGCAGGUGCUGCUCUAGUCACUGGCUUGGCCCUGUCCCCGAUGACUGCAGGGCUGUUCCAUCGAGUCAUAGCACAGAGCGGAGUUAUCACCUUCUCAGAGAUUCUGGACACUGAGCCAUGGAACAGUGCUAAGAGCUUUGCUGACUCCAUAGCCUGCAGCUCUGAAUCCUCAGUUGAGAUGCUACAGUGCCUUCGGCAGAAGACAUAUCAGGAGCUGCUCCUUACCAAUACCAAGCUCAUACCAAUCUGCGUUGAUGGUGCCUUCUUUCCCAAGAGCCCUCAGGAGCUUCUCAGGGAGCAUCAGUUACAGUCUGUGCCAUUCCUCUUGGGUUUCAACAAUCAUGAGUUUGGCUGGCUCAUCCCUAGGAGCUGGAAGAUCCAGGAUAAGAUGGAACAGAUGAACCGGGAGGACAUGAUGGCCUUCAUGAAGACUUUCCUCAGGUCUCUGGAACUGUCUCCUGAGAUGAUGGCGAUAGUCAUGGAUGAGUACUUAGGAAACAGUUCAUAUGGCCAGGACAGACAAGAAGCCUUUCAGGAGCUGUUGGGCGACGUAGUAUUCAGCUUCCCCAUUUAUGACUUCUCCAAAAAACUCCAAGAUUCAGGGGUCUCUGUCUUCUUCUAUGAGUUCCAGCAUAGACCCAGCUCUUUUUCAAAGAUCAAACCAGCCUGGGUGCGAGCUGACCAUGCAGCUGAAACUGCCUUCAUGUUUGGAGGGCCCUUCCUCAUGGAUGAGAGCUCCAUGCUGGCUUUUCCAGAUGCCACUGAGGAAGAGAAGCAGCUGAGUCUCACCAUGAUGGCACAGUGGGCAAACUUCGCCUGGACAGGAGACCCCAGUGGCAAGGGGCUGCCUCUUUGGCCCCACUUCAGUCAGUCUGAGGAAUACCUGGAAAUCAGCCUAGUGCCACAAGUCAGCCAGAAACCAAGGGAGACCCGAAUGCACUUCUGGGCAGAGACAUUUCCCGCCAAGAUGCAGCAACAGCAUAAGAAGAUGGGCAGCAAAGCCCAGGAGGAGCUCUGAGUCCAGACUAGGGUCUUCCAGUCUGGGGAUGCAAUCCUAGUGGUGACAGAGUUACAGCAAUGGAGUCUCUGUGUUUCUCAGCUUAGAGACUUAGAGUACUCAAACUCUCCUGACAAGUAGUCAUGUCCCUUUAAACAUCAGCUCCAGGGAGCCGGGCGGUAGCACAGAGGGUUAAAUGCAUGUGACACAAGGCACAAGGACCUGCAUAAGGAUCCUGGUUCAGGCCCCUGGCUCCCCACCUGUAGGGAGUCACUUCACAGGCGGUGAGCAGGUCUGCAGGUGUCUAUCUUUCUCUUGAACUCUCUGUCUUCCCCUCCUCUCUCCAUUUCUCUCUGUCCUAUCUAACAACAAUGACAUCAAUAACAAUAACUACAACAACAAUGAAAAACAACAAGGGCAACAAAAGGGAAUAUAUAUAUAUAUAGCAUCAGCUCCAACAUGACAUGAACUUUGUGCUCUUUUCAAUUGUCACCAAGCUGUUUCCCACUUGAAAGGCCUUUGCAUAAAUUUCUCUUGCUGCUCUAA